AUGAACUACUACAACAACCAUCUUCCUCGGUCACUCCCAACCGAUGAGGCGGCCUACGCCGCCCAAUCCACCACCUCUACAGCAUCCAUACCCUACACGGAGGAGACCACCCCCCACACACAUCGUCGCAACCACAGCUCGGAUCACAUCGUAUUCCCAAAGUUUCCCGUGCCUCCACCCAGCGCAACCGCCGCCACUUCAGCUCAAGGCCACAACAGCACGUCAGCUCACUCUUCCGAACCCCAAUAUGCUAUCGUCACCCUUCAGUCGCGCAGUACGUCCAUGCCAUCAACAGCUGCGAAUCGCCUUAGUACUGGCAAGGAAAAGGAGACCUACACGUUGUCAGAUCGCACCUCGACCUUGCUCCAGGUGACAGGACAGAUUCCUCCCCCACUUAUUGGCUCGACAACAGUCAUCCACAACAAGCGAAUGGUUCUCUUCGGAGGACGACAAGAGGGGGGUGCCCCCACCAACAGCCUCUAUGUUCUCGAUCUGGAUACGCUUGUCUGGGAACUGGUCGAUCACACCUACCACCAGCGUCAUGCUCCCCAGCAGAACGAUCUUGCCACCAAGAUAACGACACCUUCGAGUCUGGAGGAACGGCACCAUCCUCUCUCACCGGACAAUACCCAGCAGAUAGACUCUGUCGUGGGUCUUACUUCUGUUGCAGCAUACACGACCUCAAUACCCCAGCCCCGCUACUACCAUUCAGCAAUCGUGGUCACAGCACCGCCUCUAUUCGACGCACACGGAGUCUUGGCAGGGUGGGGUGAGGAGAACACGGCGCAGAUGGUUGUCUUUGGUGGGCGAUGUAUCGAGCAAGACGAAUACGGUGUCCAUGAGGCUUGUCUGAACGACACCCAUAUCCUCGACUUGACGUCCAUGAGGUGGCUCUCAACCUCUCUGAACCCGGCAGAAUAUCAACAUCCUGUUGCUGCUCAGCCGGGCCUGCAACCACCACAAAAGCGAUCAGUAUAUGAGAUCUCGUCGGAGAAUGACAAGGUGAGUAACUUUGGCAGCGUCGACUCUGGUCAUGGAUCGAUGGAGCCCUCAAGACUCGCAGCUAGCCUUGCAACCUUCACUCCAGGCGACAUGUCCUUCCAAGCAGCCCAAUUCAGCCAAACUCGCAGAGAGACAUCCCCACUUCGGUCAGCCACCCCGUCGACGUUCACAGGAACACCCUCGCCAUUCGCAGGAACACCACUGACGACACAGCAGCCCACGCCUCAGUUAGCACACUCGCCUUUUAUGCAGCAUACACCCCGCGCCCGGUUUGCACAUGUCGCCUCGUUGAACGGAGAUCAUAUGGUCAUCGUUGGAGGGCGGAUGCAGGACAACUCACCGAUCCAGGAUAUUAGUGUUCUAGACCUUGCACGCCGUGUCUGGAUGAUCGGCGGAGAACUUCAUGCUCAGUGCUGUCAGCGCAUGUCAGCCCUUGCUGGCGUCGAAGAGAGACCGAUGACACGUCGCCGGCGGAGAUAUCUCGAGUGUCUCGCAGGCGAUGAACAUUCACCGGAACAGUCUUCCUCAGCAUCGGACCUUACUUCGUCAGCAUCGUCAUUGGCUCCCAGCAGCACUGCCAACAGCACUCCCAACAGCAGUGGUCCCUUGCCAAGUCUCCCCAGUGCAGCCAUCCCACCCAUUUCACCUACCUCAACCUCAUUCCUUCUCAACCCCCGCAAAAACUCUUGGCAUCGUGGAGAGGGUCACCCUUUCGAUCUCCUCCCUGGCAACACUAUUCCCCGCCAUCGGUUCAAGACCGACACUCGGUUGUUGACUGGUUUGGAGCAGGACGACUCCGUCUGGGGGCUUCAGCCAGGAAAACCGCAGGAUUAUACCAACUCUAACGUAGCUAAAUCGCACGGACUUGUCGGUUUGGGCAUGGAUCCGGAGAUCUCGCAGGGUAUGGCAGCGUCAGCUGGACUUUCUAUGACUACCGCGGAUGCAGUUGCAAGGGCUCGUCAGCCUUCUGUCAGCAGUUCCAAAAGCGGCCAAACAACAACCAGCAAGGGCUCCAAGAUGUCUGCUCAAGAGGCUGCGGCUGCUAGAAAGCGUUCUCAGUCCCAAUCGUCAUCGACUCCUUCUAAUUCGACAUCGUCACCAUCUGUGGCAGGCUCUGGUUCUCGAUCUCGCUCCAAGGCGCCUGUCACCCAUGCAGUCUCCAAGAAGUUCUUUGCAAAGUCCAACGGCGGUUUGUUGGAUCUGGACGACCUGGCAGUAACGAUAGCGCGCGAAGCCAAGACACGCCCACCAGUACGGCCCAAAGUGAUUGCUACAACUCGAUCACAGAGGCGAGGCAGUUCCAGUACAACUUCCAGCUCUGGAUCGGUACGCAGGGGCUCAGCGGCGACGGAUGACUCGCGAAAGACAGGAAAAACCGAUGGCAAGAGCGAGAAGAGCACCAUUAACGACAGCAGGAGCAACAUUAACGGCAGCCGGAGUAACAUCAACAUCAACGGUAGUCGGAGUAACGUCAACAUCAACGAUAGUAAGGUCAACGUUACUGAAGCCAAGGGCACCGUCAACGAAAGUAAGAGCACCGUCAAAGACCCUAGGAGUGAGAAACGGAAAUCCCUUGGCAGUGCGCCCGAUCCCUUCAAUUUUUCCGGCAUCGCCUUAGCGGACACGAUGAAAUCAUUUGAACAGGCUACUGCGACGGCGCCUCAGAAGUCGAUGCGUCCCUCUAUGUACAUGUUCUCGAACUACAUGGGUACCACGACAAACCCCAGACAGGAACUCGUCAAGAUCCAGGCCUCCAAGACAGCUAACUGUGCCAGGAGCGAGCUCAACUCGUACGACAUCAAGGCGGAAUGGACAGGAUCGUAUGUCAACGACCUUGCGACACGGAUGCUUGCAUCAACAGAGCUGGCCGUCCCUCCUCAGAUGCUGUUCCCAGAGAGUCAUGUCGUCGACCACUGCGUCUUGCUCUCAGGGUCAGCGGCUCCUUCCAGCACUGCCAAGACGACAGACAAACUCGCGUCAAGUUCUUCAGAAAGCCUUGGUCAGGAUAUGCACGAUGGAGCGUCGUCGUCAUCGUCUACUUCUGGUUCCGAUUCACGGUCGACAUUCUCUGUCUGGAUGUUCCAUCUCAAGACCCACCAGUGGACUCAGCUGGAGCUCUCCAAGAGUCUUUCUUCGGGCGAGUGGAAGCAGUCUCUCCUGGAUCGCGAUGACAACUACCUGUACUUGAUCGGCACGGGCAUCAAAGAUCCUCAACAGGAGUUGGCGGGAAUGGAUCCUGCCCAUCAGCUGGUCCCUACCUUGGUCCCGACGGCGUUCACACAUCUGGUCAAGAUCGAUUUGGAAGGAUUCGGCAUCUGUCCCGAGAUUGACGAGUCUUCGAUGGGUACCAACGGAGCGAAGCUAGGUCUGGUGAUGCUGAGGGAUGGUCUUGGAGCGGAUGUGGUCCUGGUGAGCUCGGCUGACGGAGGUCGAGUCCGAGUCAACUCUGCUAUUGUUGGCCAACGCUGGGGUUACUUCCAGAACUUGAUCAGAGAGCGCGAUUCCAAGAUCAAGCACGACAGCACAUACGUCCGUGGGCCCCGCGAUGAGGAAGCGAGACUUCAGGAGUUGACGGAUCUGCCAGCUGAGAUUGUUGUCCGUGAGGCAAUGCCUAUCCUAGUUGCCUUCCUCCAAUACGUCUACACCAACGAGCUUGCCACGGCCCAUCAACUCAAGCUCAAGAGUUUGCAGGGUAUGUUGCUGAUGUCAAACCGGUAUGAUCUGACCCGUCUCCGCCAAUUGGUCCUCCGAGCUCUUCACCACCAACUGGACGCCAACAAUGCCCCCGCGAUCUGUGAAGUUGCUGUUCUGUCGGGCGAGUUUGGACUCCAGACUUGUGCCCUUCGUGUCCUCCUCCAGAACGCACGUCUCGCUCAGCUCCGUCAACAGGGUGAGGCAGCCGAAGCCAAACGUCGACUGGAUUUCGCAAUGUCCCGCCUUGAAGAGAUUGAGGAGGAACGGAAACGGAGGGCCUCUGUGCCUGCCAACCAUCCUCUUUACGGUGCAGCCGCCGCUGCGGCCGCUACUGCUGCUGCUUCUGCCGCUGCCUCUGGUUCUGGUUCUGGAGUACCACCAUCUUCACGAAGCAGGGCUGGCAACUCGGUGCAGUUCACAGGAGGAGUUGUCCCUCAUCGGUCUGGAUCAGGUCCCCCUUCUACCACAACCUCUAAUACCUCUACUCCUGGGCUGGGCAGCAUUGGCCGAUUCUUUAGACAUCGUGAAGAAUCUGUUGAAUUGGAGCACCACUAG